AUGAGUAAGCGGAAUCCACGGGUUCUGAAGAUAUUCCUCUACAUGCUACUUCUUAACUCUCUCUUUCUCUGCAUCUACUUCGCUUUUCACUCAUCGCCGUCCUCGUCCUCCCCGGAGCCACAUCCCAAUUUCCCACUGCGAUUUCACUUCUCCGUGAACAACCAGUCGGCGAUUCAGAAGCCGUGGCCGAUCUUACCUUCCUACCUUCCGUGGACACCGCCGCAGAAGAAUCUACCCUCUGGCUCCUGCGAAGGCUACUUCGGGAAUGGAUUCACUCGGAGCGUUGACUUCAUCAAACCGAGGAUUUCCAAAGAAGGAAGCCGGUUUCGAUGCUUCUACAGCGAGACGCUACAGAGCUCGAUAUGCGAGGGAAGGAAUCUGAGAAUGGUCCCGGAUCGGAUCGUAGUGUCGAAAGGAGGUGAGAAGCUAACGGAGGUCAUGGGGAGGAAAGAGGAGGAGGAGCUCCCGGUGUUCCGCGAAGGCGCGUUUGAGGUGGCGGAAGAGAUUUCACGGUCAGGGUUCAAGAGCCACCGCCGUUUCGGCGGAGAAGGCAGCGUGGUUUCUCGGCGGUUGGUGAAUGAGGAGAUGCUGAAUGAAUAUAUUCAAGAAGGGGGCAUCGAUAGACAUACAAUGAGGGAUUUGGUGGCUUCGAUUCGUGCUGUUGGCACCGAAGAUUUCGUUUGUGAUGAGUGGGUGGAGGAACCAACUUUGCUGGUCACUCGAUUCGAGUAUGCGAAUCUCUUCCAUACCGUGACAGAUUGGUACAGUGCUUAUGUUUCCUCUAGAGUCACCGGUUUGCCUAAUCGACCAAACGUUGUUUUCAUGGAUGGACACUGCACGACGCAGCUAGAAGAAACAUGGACGGCUUUGUUUUCCGGAAUCAGAUACGCAAAAAAACUUCAGCAGACCAGUUUGUUUCCGCCACGCGGUUCUUUCACCAUUGGGAUACGAAACCGUGCUUUUCAAGGGAUUGACCGAAGAACCUUCGGGUUUCCAGUCAACAGACACCGCUCAUCAGAAAGACCGCCGUCAUCAUCAUCGCCAUCUACCUCUGUUCAUAACGUUCUCUUUGUUCGCCGUGAAGAUUACUUGGCACACCCUCGUCACGGCGGUAAAGUCCAGUCCCGGCUCAUCAACGAGGAGGAAGUGUACGAGUCGCUGCACCAUUGGGUCGCGUCUGGCUCCACCGGUCUGACGAAAUGCGGGAUAAACCUUGUGAAUGGACUCUUUGCGCAUAUGUCGAUGAAAGAUCAAGUCCGCGCCAUCCAAGACGCGUCAGUGAUCAUAGGAGCUCACGGAGCGGGGCUGACUCACAUUGUGUCCGCAACACCAAACACGACGAUAUUUGAGAUAGUGAGCGUCGAGUUUCGGAGGCCUCAUUUCGAGCUUAUAGCAAAGUGGAAAGGUUUGGAGUAUCAUGCGAUGCAUCUGGCGAAUUCACGGGCGGAUCCAACGGCUGUGAUUCAGAAGCUACAUGAGAUAAUGAAGAGUCUUGGCUGCUGA